CAAGGAACAGCACAGUCUUGUGUUCCUCCUGUCCUGAAUAAUGGCUUUUUUGUCCCUGAAAAGAAGAUAUAUCCUCAUGACACAGCAUUGACUUAUGCCUGUGAUACUGGAUAUAAACCAGUGGUGGAGGGAUGGUGGGCAACAAGCAAAUGUAAAAAUGGCAACUGGGAUCAUGAGCCUCAGUGCAUUGAUGAAAGCUCCUGCCUUUCACCAACCAUACCUAACGGUAAAUACAGAGGAAGCCAGAAUGGCUGGUAUGAGGACAAUCACAUGCUUACAGUAGAAUGUGACGGAGGAUUUGAGCUAAAACACAGCCACUCAACUGCCUACUGUCGAAAUGGGAGAUGGUCUGCUCUACCCGAAUGUGAGAAGAGAUGGGACGCCUGUGGUGUUCCUCCUGAGAUUCCGCAUGCUGUAAUCAUUCAUCAGGGGCCGAAGGAGGUGUUUGCGGCACAGUCUGUGCUGCGGUACGAAUGUGAGGAUGGAUAUGUGGAAGGAAGGCCAGACAGCCCAAAAACCAUCACUUGCUGGUCCAGAACCUGGAACGGUGCCCCGUCGUGCAUAAGGGGAUCUGCACGGCCAGCAGGUGGAGCUGUUUUCUGCUGUCGUCUCACUCCUCGGUCCAACUCAUCCCAAACCGUCUUAGUCCGCCGG